GACAACACCAACAAGUUUCAGCCAUGAAAUUCGCUUCAUUCACCACUAUGAUCGUAUCUGCCGCAGUGAUGGCUAGCGAAGCUAUCGCAUCCGAGGACCUGACGGUAACACCCAAGAACCUCCCUUGUAGCAAUCCAAGUCGGUCGGGGUGCUCAACGGGCCUCAAGGGCUACAACGGCGGCAGGGAUUUCGGAUAUUUUUGUGGAGCUAAUGGCAAAAUUAUAGGCUUUACGCCAUGCUCAUGCACACAUUGUUGUAAGGUGACUGGGGAUGGAGAUGACUUCACGUGUAAGUCUUGAGAUUUACUCAACUACACAGUGCUGAUGCGCCAGUGUAUAGAACAAUUGGCAUGAUACGCGCAAGAGGGCGUGAAGGAGUACUGUAGCGUCGUGAAGCGUUUUGGAGCCAAUUGAAUCAUC